CAGUGCGCUUGCGCUGACAGACGCAAGAUGGCGGACAGUGCGGAACUAAAGCAAAUGGUUAUGAGCCUUAGAGUUUCUGAACUUCAAGUACUGUUGGGCUACGCUGGGAGAAACAAGCACGGACGCAAACACGAACUUCUCACGAAAGCCCUGCAUUUGCUAAAGGCUGGCUGCAGUCCUGCUGUACAAAUGAAAAUUAAAGAACUCUAUAGGCGGAGGUUCCCCCAGAAAAUCAUGACGCCUGCGGACUUGUCCAUCCCCAGCGUACAUUCAGGUCCUAUGCCAGCAACUUUGUCUCCAUCUACCAUUCCACAACUCACUUAUGAUGGUCACCCUGCAUCAUCACCAUUACUCCCUGUUUCUCUUCUGGGACCUAAACAUGAACUGGAACUCCCACACCUUACAUCAGCUCUUCACCCAGUCCAUCCGGAUAUAAAACUUCAGAAAUUACCAUUUUAUGAUUUACUGGAUGAACUGAUAAAACCCACCAGUCUAGCAUCAGACAACAGUCAGCGCUUUCGAGAAACCUGUUUUGCUUUUGCAUUGACACCACAACAAGUGCAGCAAAUCAGUAGUUCAAUGGAUAUUUCUGGGACCAAAUGUGACUUCACAGUGCAGGUCCAGUUAAGGUUUUGCUUAUCAGAAACCAGUUGUCCACAAGAAGAUCACUUCCCACCCAAUCUUUGUGUGAAAGUGAAUACAAAACCUUGCAGCCUUCCAGGUUAUCUUCCACCUACUAAAAAUGGUGUGGAACCAAAGCGACCCAGCCGACCAAUUAAUAUCACCUCACUUGUCCGAUUGUCCACAACAGUACCAAACACCAUUGUUGUUUCUUGGACUGCAGAAAUUGGAAGAAACUAUUCCAUGGCAGUAUAUCUUGUAAAACAAUUGUCCUCAACAGUUCUUCUUCAGAGGUUACGAGCAAAGGGAAUAAGGAAUCCGGAUCAUUCUAGAGCUUUAAUUAAAGAGAAAUUGACUGCGGAUCCAGACAGUGAAAUAGCUACAACCAGCCUAAGGGUUUCUCUACUAUGCCCACUUGGUAAAAUGCGGCUGACAAUUCCAUGUCGGGCCCUUACGUGUUCUCAUCUGCAGUGUUUUGAUGCAACUCUUUAUAUUCAGAUGAAUGAGAAGAAACCAACUUGGGUUUGUCCUGUCUGUGAUAAGAAGGCCCCAUAUGAACACCUUAUUAUUGAUGGCUUGUUUAUGGAAAUCCUAAAGUACUGUACAGAUUGCGAUGAAAUACAGUUUAAGGAGGAUGGCUCUUGGGCACCAAUGAGAUCAAAAAAGGAAGUGCAGGAAGUUUCUUCCUCUUACAAUGGAGUUGAUGGAUGCUUGAGCUCCACACUGGAGCAUCAGGUGGCUUCUCACCACCAGUCUUCAAGUAAAAAUAAGAAAGUGGAGGUGAUUGACCUAACUAUUGACAGUUCAUCUGAUGAAGAGGAGGAAGAGCCAUCUGCCAAGAGGACCUGUCCUUCCCUAUCUCCCACAUCACCACUGAAUAAUAAAGGCAUAUUAAGUCUUCCACAUCAAGCAUCUCCAGUAUCCCGCACCCCAAGCCUCCCUGCUGUAGACACAAGCUACAUUAACGCAUCCCUCAUCCAAGACUACAGGCAUCCUUUCCACAUGACACCCAUGCCUUAUGACUUGCAAGGAUUAGAUUUCUUUCCUUUCUUAUCAGGAGACAAUCAGCAUUAUAACACCUCCCUCCUUGCCGCUGCCGCUGCAGCAGUUUCAGAUGAUCAAGACCUCUUACACUCGUCUCGGUUUUUUCCGUAUACCUCCUCGCAGAUGUUUCUCGAUCAGUUAAAUGCAGGAGGCAGCACUUCUCUGCCAACCACCAACGGAAGCAGCAGUGGCAGUAACAGCAGCCUCGUGUCCUCCAACAGCCUGAGGGAGAGCCACAGCCACACCGUCGCCAACAGGAGCAGCACGGACACAGCGUCCAUCUUCGGCAUCAUACCAGACAUUAUUUCAUUGGACUGAUCUCCUUGCCUGUGCUGCUCUCCUCCCCUCCCCAGACUAAAUGAACUUGGCAGAAAGAAAGGACUUUGUGCUAUGUUUUACCUUAUUCUGUUUAGAAAAGUACACAAGUGUGUGGUUUUUUUUCCUUUUUUUAGGGAAAAAAAUUAAAAGAAAUGUACAGAGAACAAAACUAUAUUUUCAGUUUUACUUUUGUAUAUAAAUCUAAGACUGCCUGUCUGAUAAAAACACUUGUUUAAAAAAAAACCAAAAAAAGGAAAGAAAAGGAAAAAAAAGAAAAAAAACAAGUACCCACAAACCACCUUCAGUUCAAUUUUCCUGGAUUCUGAAGAUUUUUUUCACUCUUUGUCCUAUGGUUUUGGUUUUAUUUUACUUAAAUGGCAUUAUUUUAUUUGCAAUAACAGAAAAGGAAUUGCAUGUAUGAAGUUUUAAAUUGUGGGCUUUUCUUUGUUAUGGGGAGGGGCCUGAGGGGAUAGUUUUAAUUUCCAUUUUUCUAAAAAUGACAGACUUGGAUUCUGUUUGUGUGUAUGCAUAUUUUAUCCAGCCUUAAGUUAUAAACCUCAUCUGUCCCACUGCAUUCCCUGUGUAUUUCCAGGACAUAGCUCGUGGGUGUGUGUGUUCAGUGUGUCUGUGUCUGUAUUUUUCUGUCAUUACUGUUCCUUCUCCCGAGUUUGCAUUCAGUUGAUAAAUCAGUAGCCUGCUUCCUUUAAAGUGCUUUGAGGGUCUUGAACUCACAUAGGAGCAUCUUUAUGGACUAUCCCAAUUGCAUGUUCUCCAUGACACACGCGCUCUUAUUUGCUAGAUACCCCUGAGAAUAUGUUUUUAGAGAUUGAAGUAAAGCUGUCUGGAUAAGGAGUAGGCUUAGCAGACCUGCAAAUAAUACACUUUAGUCUAGUUCUUUAUUCUAAAUUUGGAUUGCCAGUAUUAUGUACUUAAACCAAGUCUGUGAACACCUGCUUUUUUAGCCACAGGGUAACAAGUUUUCGUGUAAGAUCUUCAUACCAAAAUGAGAAGUAUAAAUAGCUUAGAAAGCCCUGUUGGGUGUCUUGUGCGGCUGACAGAAGUAAGGUUAUGUCAUCUCAAAAAAAAAAAAAGUCAAUUAUCCUGAAAGUAUAUUCUCUUCAGAAAGUACAGUGUACCACACAUGUCAGUCUGUAGAAAUCUGCUUUCUGGUCGACAGCUGAAAUUCCAAAUGGGCUUGAUUUUUAGUCAUUUUACUCUCUGUUCUGAGUGUACUUACUUUCUUAGUUGUCUUGUUUAUUUUUUUCUUCACCUUUUAAAAACAAGCAUGACAUAUGAAAGUCAAUUUUUUUUCUUUUAGAAUUCGUGGAUCAGCCUGAUCUAUUCUUAUUAAUAAUGGAACAUGUAAAUAUAUUGAAAACUGUUUUUCAGGAGAUGAGUGAGGGUUGGAGGGAAGGAAAAGCGGUUCUACUUGUGUUCCAAAUCCUUAUGAGAGAAGGUGUUACGUUCUCCAGGGAAUAACUGAAGGUAUGGGAAAUAUUUUUUAGCUGAUUGAGAGGUUUAGCAGGUUUAACAGAAAAGAUAAAGAAGGGGCAUAAUGAUUACCAGUUUUCCAGACUGGGUUUUUAUACCACAACUGUUUAUGUUCUCAGAGUUGAUGAAGGACCACCUUUGUGUAUAAGAUUGUCAUUUUAAACCUUGCAGUGGUAACAAAAUGACCCAUUAUAAUCCAGGUAGACUUCAAGAUGGCUGUAUCUUUGGUUGUAUGAUAAAAUUAAUGGUUCACAUGACUAUGUGGCAUCUAAAAAUAAUAUGUUUCUUACAGCAUCUCUCUGUCACUAAAUUGUUGACUUGAAUUUUGAAAAACAAGUUGGUGUUGAUAUGUAUAUGUGUGUGUGUAUAUAUGUAUUUAUAGACAAGUGUGUGUGAGUGACAAGUGAGUUAUAUAGUCUUCCCCAACGCAUGUGUAUUCCACACAUACAUGGCUGAGUUAGUCACUAAACAAUUCGCAAUAAAAAAAGAUUUAUUGUUGGUUAAAACAGGAAAUAGUUAAGUUUUUAAAUGAAUCUGGUGUUAUGGUAAGAAAAUACUUUAACUUAGGCUAAUAUUUAAUAGUAUCAUAAUUUGUGUCUAAAUUCGAAUUGGAAUAGAAAUUACCUAAAUUAUGGGGAGUUGCUUCUUAUUUUGCAUUACUAUAGGAGACAUUUCUAUUAAUUCAACUACCUAAAAUGAAUAGUUUUCUUUAUUUCUGGUUUUUUCUUUUUCUUUCCUUGGUUUUAAGUCGUCUCAAAAUUCUGUUCAAUAACUUUGUGUAUGAUGCUGAAUUACAAACUCUUUGAAUAAUCCAGUUGAAAACCCGUCUUACUUCAGCCCAAUUUUGGAGAGGGUUAAUUUCCCCUUAGUAUCCUGCGUUAUACCAACCCACAGGAAGAAUAGGUAAUAGGGAGAAAUAAAUGUCUGUCUAGUUAGUGGCUUUGGUCAGGUCUCCACAGGAGAAACUAACCAUUCAUUUGUCUCUUUAUUUUAGUUCACUCUAUACUCUAAGGAGUUUGUUCCCUUCAGUUGUUGACCAUUCAAAAUGUUGACAGUAGUAGUGGCUAUUACUCUGUUGGUCUCAUGGCCAAUAUUAUUAGUCAGAUUUUCAUGAUCUGUAGUAAUUAUUAGCAGAGUCAUGCAAGUCAUUCACUGCACCUUUAUCUUCUAAGUUGUUUGUUUUUUUAAGCAUAUGGUCAUUUCAUCUCUUUAUUCCUUAGCCCACCCUCGCUCCCUCACUCACCCAUGACAACAUUGACAUGCUGUUUGUGGACAAAUGGUGAUUCUCAGAACCUUUGGGCAAGUUGUCAGCAUCGCCCUUGCCACGGUCUUUCAUCAUAGGUGUGUAUGUGUGUGUUUCUGUACAGUGCUGUGUGAGUGUGUCACACACUUGGUAACAUAGCUGUUGGACUAGCAGGGUUGAAGUGGCUUUUAGUUACUUUUGUGGGCAUUAUUGGACACAUUUUUUAAAACAAUCUGAAGUUUAACCAUGCCACACUUGGUUGACUAAUUUAUUUUGAACAUUAAAAAAUUUCUAUAUUUAGACAUUUUCACAAAUCUGUAUCAUUACCAACUUAGGAAAGAUUCACUUAAGCUUCUCAAAAAUGUGGUAUCUUGGCCGAUUUUCCUUUGAGUCAAAUGUCUGAAACUGAAUGAAAAUAUAUCCCAAUUUUAAUUUCUGAUUGUUAAAGGAAUGUUGUUUUUAAACAAUUCCAGUUUGAAAUACGAAAAACACUUCAAGAUCUUCAGAACUUUAGAGUACAUUUGAAAUUAUUUUAGUAAGAAUUUUGUUUUAUCAAUAAAUGUUGAAUUCUGUUUUUUUAAUUAAAAAAACACACACACAAAGCUUAGAUUUCAGAAAGGGAGAAUAGCCGGUGGUUCCAGAGUAUGCUGCUGUUGAUUAUUCAGUUAACAAAGGGGAAAAUGUAUAUAAACAGAUAUAAAAGUUACCAUAAAUUCCAUAAACUUAAAUCUGUGAUUCAUUGCCUUAAGACUUUCUCUCUUAGAAUUUCCAUACCGCAUGCCAAACCAGUAAAAUGGCUUUUAAAAAUGUAUAGUAGACCAAUGUCAGUUUGUAUAAAAGUACCAAGUGAAGAUAUUUAUUACAUGCAUUGGAAAAAAAUUGUUUACCUAUUGAAUGUUACCUGUUUAUGUAGAGCUCUUUAGAUGUAAUAAAAGAAAAGCCUUCAGUUAAUUUGUCUUCUGUAAAAUACACGGCUGGGUAUACAAGGGCACAGUCUGUAUGAGAAGAGUGAUAGGCUUUGUGCUUCCAAAGCACCUUUCAUCCCGAGAUUUCAAAGCGUGACAAGUAAUUGUUUUGCAUCAUGCUUUGAGGUAAUGAAUGUACAGCCAUCAUUCCCUUUUCUUACUGGAAUAUGGCUAGCUUUGUCAUGAACCACAGCAUCUGUUUAGUUUUAAAUCUGUUUUAUAAGCUACAGUUGGAGAGCUAAGAGCACUGUCGCCUCUUUGUAAACAAGACUAGGGGCUAGGUGAACCGACU